GGGGCUACACCGAUUGAAACAUUGUAAAAGAGAAACAGAGCAGGGUGGUCCUGGCUCACACCUUUGAUUUCAGAAUUUGAGAUCUCAUCCUACUACCCAGAAGGCACACGCCUUUAAUCCUAGCACUACGGAGGUGGGAACAGAAUAUAAAGUGAGUCGAGACAGGACCUUGCCCAAUCAGUCUGAGAAUUCAUAGGGACAGGAUGGCUGCCCCACCGUUUGGUAGGAAAUUUUGUAGAGAAUCCUUGCAACCAAGAGUGACUUACACCCAGAGCCAAAAGAAUAUCCUCCAAGAAUGGUAUGAACACAACCCAUAUCCUGAUGCAGAUACCCUGAAACAACUGACCAAAAUUCUUCAUGUUCCAGGAUCUAAAAUAAAGAUUUGGUUUAACAACUACAGAAAGAAACAGAAGAUCUUGGAGCAAGUCCAUUCUGAAGCCAGACCACACCAAGCACCCUUCACAAGAGCUCAAGAGAGCUUCCUGAGGAAUGCCUUUCAGAAGAACAGGCUCCCUGACCGUGCUGCCAGGAAAAUAAUGGCUAUUAAAAUAGGCAUCAAGGAAUCAAAAAUUAAAACAUGGUUUCAGAAUCAAAGAAUUCUAAAUCCCGAGCAUAGAGAAGAACCCAUGAAUUUAUCAGAUGGGACAAAUGGAGUACCACAUCCCACUGCUCAAGAACAGCACAUCCGUCUGGUCCCUCCCCCAGCCUGUUGUUUCCCUUCCUCUAAGCCCUGCUGCAACGAACAGAUGUCCCUACCUGCCCCACUGGAAUCCCAGGCAUUUGUUCCUCCGGGUUCCGUUGGGGUCUUUGGGAGCCCAGAAUCAGGCACUGCAACCCUGCAGGCCCCAGAAGCUGUGCAGGAAGGACAGAACCCCGAUGCCCCUCUGACUUACACGAAUCACUUGCCAGAACAGCCGAUUAUAGGACAGGGUUCCUCAGGUGCCCAGGCUCCGUUCUGUUCUCAGCUUGAUGCAGACCAUGGUAGACAACAACCUGAGGACCCAGACCACAUUGACGUAUCUUACGUUAUGCAGUGGUGGGACAAGGGCCGCCUGGAUCUCAUUGCAAAGUGGGAACCUCAGAAAGAGACCUAAGUUUGCUCUGUGAGGUUCACCAAAGCCUUACGCUCCUAUAGAUCCUUUCUUUAUGUGUAACCCCAGAGCACCUGAGAGAUGUUUGUGUUAGUGCCACAACGAUUAUUGAAAGGGGUAAACUAAA